AUGGCAAAAACUAUGUCAGUUCAAGAAAAAAAAGGCGUUAUUUUAAUUGAUGAAAUGUCUAUAAAAAGUUGUUUGGAAUAUAAUGAAUCCCUUGACAUGAUUGAAGGAUAUGAAGAUUUUGGAAAUUUACGCCGUUCAGGAAAGUCGGCUAAACUUGUUUUAGUGGUAAUGAUUCGAGGGUUAUGUAAUAACUGGAAAUUACCAUUAUCAUACUAUUUUAGUUCAACAGGCGUUAAAGGAAACCAAUUAGCAGAAAUUAUGAAACAAACUGUCGAAACUAUAGUAAAACUUGGAUUUCACCUGUUUGUAUAA